UGCGCACGGAGGAAAACACGGACACCAGCACAGCUGCGACUGGCGGGAUUCCUCUUUAGAUUUACUUCACGUCCUCGCGCUUUAGCGGUAACGAGGCUGUGUGCGAGUCGAGGUGACUGACUGACUGACUGAGUGACUCUCCUUCAUAUACGCGCUGUUUCAGCCACCGCCGGCUCUUCUGAGACUGAGUGAACCGGCUGAGGAAACCUUUUUGCUCCCGCGCUCCACAGCACUGUGGCUGCUGUUGUUGUUGUUGGCUGCUACUGUUGUGAACUUGGAAAAUCCUGUCUGGCUCCGCGUGAGGAGACGAGGAGGAGGAGGAGGAGGAGGAGGAGAUGAGGCUCAACGGCUGCUGCUGCUGCUGCUGCUCGAUGGCGUUCGUGUUCUCCAAACUAACGUCUCCUGUCCACAGCCGCUAGGCUAACCAGCACCCGGACUCCAUUUAUAUUCCGAAAGACCGUCUUCUGAAAGUGAACACUAACCCGAGCCAUGUCCAAAACGCUGAAGAGGAAGAAGCACUGGUCCACCAAAGUGCAGGAGUGCGCGGUGUCGUGGGGAGGCGUGGGGGAGUUCGGCUCGGUGGUGGAGAUCCUGGGGGGCGCCGAGCUCGGAGAGUUCCCCUUCCUCGGCCAGAUGAACCUGGAUGUCCUCGUGUGCCACGCCGGGAAGCUUCCGUACUACGGCGACGUUUUGCUGGAGGUGAACGGCACGCCCGUGAGUGGACUCACCAACCGAGACACUCAUGCGGUCAUCCGGCACUUCAGGGAGCCAAUUCGCAUCAAGACGGUCAAACCAGGCAAAGUGCUGAACACGGAUUUGAGGCAUUACCUCAGCCUGCAGUUCCAGAAAGGAUCACUGGACCACAAACUGCAGCAAGUCAUCCGAGACAACCUCUACCUGCGCACUAUACCAUGUACCACCCGGCUGCCCAGAGAAGGAGAAGUUCCGGGAGUGGACUAUAACUUCAUCAGUGUGAAUGAUUUCAGGAUCCUAGAGGAAAGUGGGCUGCUUCUGGAGAGUGGAACUUACGAUGGUAACUACUAUGGCACACCCAAACCCCCAGCAGAGCCCACCUUGGUUCAGCCUGAUCUGGUUGACCAGGUCUUGUUUGAGGAAGAGUUUGGCACAGAAGUCCAACGCAAACGCACCACCUCUGUCAGCAAGAUGGACCGCAAGGACAGUGUUGUCCCUGAGGAAGAGGAUGAUGAGGAGCGGCCAGCACUGCCCAACGGGCUUCCAGAGGGAAGUGAAGAGUGGAGGAGGCCAGUGCCCAGCUACACUCAGUCCAAUAGCAGCAGCAGCGGUGGCGUUCGUGGAGGCAACAGCAGCGGUGGGGAGCUUCGCACCUGGAGUUCUCUGCCCAGAGACGACAGCCUCGAACCACUACCGUAUAACUGGGAGAUGGCCUACACUGAAACUGGCAUGGUCUACUUCAUCGAUCAUAACACCAAGUCUACCACAUGGCUGGACCCUCGUCUUGCCAAGAAAGCCAAACCUCCUGAAAAGUGUGAGGAUGGAGAGCUUCCAUAUGGCUGGGAGGAGAUUGAAGACCCACAGUAUGGCACAUACUACGUAGAUCAUAUAAACCAAAGAACCCAGUUUGAGAAUCCCGUUUUGGAGGCGAAGAGGAAACUUGGACAGGAGACUGCAAUAGCAACUCAGAGCCAAAAGGGGGCAGCACCUCCUCCAGGGGGUGAUGGUGGUACCCCAGGCUUCACGCGAGACCCAACCCAGCUGAAGGGGGAGCUAUACCACACAGCCCUGAGGAAGAGCACUCAAGGUUUUGGUUUCACCAUCAUUGGAGGGGACCGGCCCGAUGAGUUUCUCCAAGUAAAGAAUGUGCUGGCAGAUGGACCGGCUGCUCACGACAAUAAGAUGGCCUCUGGCGAUGUGAUCGUGGAGAUCAACGGCAACCUGGUCCUGGGUAAGACCCACGCUGACGUAGUGCAGAUGUUCCAGUGCAUACCCAUCAACCAAUAUGUGGACAUGGUUCUGUGCCGCGGUUACUCGCUGCCCCCUGAUGUUGAAGCGGACAGUGAGGAUCUUCCUCCCCCUCCCCCUCCUCCUCCCCCCACAGUAGGUGAGGUGGUGACAGCCGUACCGCUCAUUAAUGGUCAGCCACUGCUAGUGAAGGGCGAGGCACUGCACGGCUCAUCUCAGGAGCUCCACUACGUCACCACAGACUCCAGUGGCCGGCCUGUUGUGGCCGCACUGCCUGGGGGGGGCAGUGAGAGGCCAGAGGGUGGCAUGCUGCAGCCAGAGCUUGUAAGUGUCCCCCUGGUGAAAGGCCCUGGUGGAUUCGGCUUUGCCAUCGCAGACUGCCCACUGGGUCAGAAAGUAAAGAUGAUUCUGGAUGCACAGUGGUGCCGUGGCCUUCUGAAGGGAGAUGUCAUCAAAGAGAUCAACCGGCAGAACGUACAAACGCUGAGCCAUGCACAGGUGGUGGACAUACUGAAGGAGCUGCCUGUGGGGAGCGAGGUCAACCUGCUGGUGUUGAGAGGAGGUCAGACUUCGCCAGUAAAGAGUCUAAGACCUAGACAGGAAAUGAGUGCCAGUCUGGAGACUCUGGACCGUUGCCAUGACGUCGGAGCCCCCCAGGCACUCACCUAUUACUCCAGCACAUUGCCCUGUAGCUCACCCCGGCGAGACCCCACCCUCCACCACGCCAAACCAAAAGCCACAGUGGACAGCACUUUGCCUCAAUAUAAAGAGCUGGAUGUGUUUAUAAAGAGAGAUCAGGAGACAGGAUUUGGCUUCCGUGUACUUGGCGGGGAAGGACCUGAACAGCCAGUAUACAUAGGUGCCAUAAUACCGCACGGAGCAGCGGAGAAAGACGGCCGUUUGUGGGCAGGAGAUGAGCUGAUGGGCAUCGAUGGCAUAACUGUGAAGGGGAAAUCCCACAAGCAAGUGCUGGAUUUAAUGACCAAUGCCGCCCGCAAUGGACAGGUCUUACUGUCUGUACGGAGAAAGGUCAUCUACAGGGAUGUGGGUGAUGAAGAUGAUGGAGCACAGAACGUGGCUCCAGUGCUGGUCAACGGUUCUCCCAGACCUCCACGCAUUCAAGUGCCAAGUGUCCUGGACCACGAAUCGUUUGAUAUUACACUCCAUCGUAAAGAUAAUGAAGGAUUCGGCUUCGUCAUCCUCACCUCAAAAAGCAAGCCCCCACCUGGAGUGAUUCCUCAUAAGAUUGGCCGUAUAAUAGAGGGCAGUCCGACAGACCGGUGUGGUCUGCUGAGUGUGGGUGACCGUAUCUCUGCUGUUAAUGGCCAGUCCAUCAUAGAGCUCUGUCACAACGACAUUGUGCAGCUUAUCAAAGAUGCCGGCAAUACUGUCACACUUACUGUGGUUCCUGAGGAUGAAUACAAAGGCCCACCUUCAGGAGCCAGUUCGGCCAAACAGAGUCCAGCGCCACAGCACAGGACACUGAAAUCCACCACACAGGAAGAGAGGUAUAAUCUGGACAUGGAGGAGAGCAGGGAUGAACUGGCUUGGGCAGAAUAUAAAACCCUUCCUAUGAGUGAAAAAGGAACACUGUGUGUUACAGGCUCCAAACAGGGCUGUAUUCUGGUAGAGUUAGAGCGCGGCCCUCGCGGCUUCGGCUUCAGUCUUAGAGGAGGGACAGAGUAUAAUAUGGGGCUGUAUAUCCUGCGAUUGGCUGAGGAUGGCCCCGCCCUUCUGGAUGGCAGAAUUCAGGUUGGAGAUCAGAUAGUGGAGAUCAAUGGGGAGCCCACACAGGGGAUCAGUCACACCAGAGCCAUUGAACUGAUUCAGGCUGGAGGCAACAAAGUACUGCUGCUGCUGAGACCUGGACAGGGGCUCGUGUCUGACAACAACUCUGCAGCAGCAGAUCCAAAAGUCUCUUCACCUCUAAGCUCUCCUGGUGACGUAUUCCUCUCAGACCCGCUGCCAUCCGAUGCUUCAGCCUUUUCAUUCUGUUCACCCUCCUCACCCUUCGCCCUCUCUCCAGACCUUUCUGAGUCCAAAACUAGCUUGUCACCUCGCCCCAAAGAAAUCAACAAAGAGAGGGGCUCCAAACCUCGAGACGCUGCGUGUCCCGAAGCCUCUGAGCCAAGACAUGUCAAGAGAAGUCAGUCUAAAGAGAACAACAUUGACUCUACAAGUACAAGAAAAUCUAGUGAAAAGAAGCUGAAUAGUCCAUCUAAAACCAAAGAUAAAUCUCACAACUCUCGCAGCUCCAAAGAGUCCAGCAGGCACGGGAUAUCCAGCAAACACCAACCAAGCCGUGCAAAGAGUCCCACAAAGUCAAACCAGGAGGGACAGGAACUGGACGUCAACGAGACACAGGGGGAAAUUGAGGAAAAUCAAUCAAAGAGGAAGUCUCGGAGGGAUGAAAAGAAGGGUAGCAGUGAGAGGGUGGAGAGGGCCAAUACAAGAGAAAGGCUGAGAAGCAGCAAGACAGAGGGCACGGACCGGGAGAGAGCAGAACGAAAAGGGCGAGAAGAGGUGGUGAGGUCAGAAGAGGAGGCAGAGCUGAAAAGCACCUUGAGAAGAAAGAAGCAGCCACAGGUGGAGGAGCAAGACAGACACACCAACACACCCAGAGAAAAGAAGAGCAGUGGCCAUCAUAAACAUGAAGAGAAGAUAAUUCAGCCGAGACGGAGUAAAGAAUUAAAAAGUGAUUCAAAGAGAAGGAAUGAGGUGGGAAAGAGGGAUAUGCAUGUAUACAGUACAGAAGCCAAGCAAAGAGAGGACGAGAAUGAAAGCGAGGAAGACUCGCCAGAGAGCCCAACAAUGAGCUCAGCGCUCAGCAACUCAAUACUCAGCGUGAACGGGCAGGCUGGUGCUGGCCUCUGGAAGGUCCCGAGCUCCGCACGUAUUCUAACUCGCGAAGAGGUGAUGCGUGAUUUUUACGGGUAGCUAAAGCAUGCACUUCACUCUCUGGGCAUUGUGCAUUAAACCAUGGCCUCUUCGGAGCUGCUCCUCU